GCGCAGAGGAAUGGCGGCGGCCAGCCUGUGAUGAGCUAGCGAAAAUAGCGAGGAAAGUACACACACAGCUAGCUACCCUUUUUAAAAUAACUGCGGGAAGGCAUAGUCCUAAUACUUUAGUGAGCUAGAGCACUGGAAAGUCGACAAAAUGCAGAUCACUUUGAAAACCCUGCAACAGCAGACGUUUAAAAUCGACAUAGAUGGAGAAGAGACGGUAAAGGCGCUGAAGGAAAAAAUUGAGAAUGAGAAAGGAAAGGAUGGUUUUCCUGUGGCAGGACAAAAACUGAUAUAUGCAGGCAAAAUCCUUAAUGAUGAUACUGCACUCAAGGAGUACAAGAUUGACGAGAAGAACUUUGUGGUUGUCAUGGUGGCAAAGCCUAAAGCGGCGCCAUCAGCUGCCCAGUCUUCCCCUGCUGUGUCGACCACAACCCCAGCCCCACCCAGCACUACAGCCCCCUCGCCUGCCCCUGCCGCCUCCACCACCUCUGAGACCACACCUGAGAGUACUAGCAAAGACGACAAGCCCAGUGAGGGGAAACCUCCCACCAGCACAGAUCCUGCCUCCUCUCCUGAUAGUUCUUCAGGUCCUUUGCCAAAUGUGAACAUUUUUGAAGAGGCCACCUCUGCUCUUGUGACAGGCCAGUCAUAUGAGAACAUGGUGACAGAGAUCAUGUUGAUGGGUUAUGAGAGAGAGCAGGUAGUGGCAGCUCUGAGGGCCAGCUUCAACAAUCCAGACAGAGCAGUGGAGUACCUGCUGACGGGUCUUCCAGUGGAGGAGAGCCAUGCCAACCCAGUGGUGCCCCCCUCAGGGGGAACUCCAGCUGGAGCCACAGGGUCUGUGUCCUCGCCCUCCAGUGCCACCCCAACACAACCCAUCAGCGCCUCGGGGGCCAACCCCCUGGAGUUCCUGAGGAACCAGCCUCAGUUCCAGCAGAUGAGACAGAUCAUCCAGCAGAACCCCUCUCUGCUACCUGCCUUACUACAGCAAAUUGGGAGGGAGAAUCCCCAGCUGUUGCAGCAAAUCAGCAGUCAUCAGGAGCAGUUCAUCCAGAUGCUGAAUGAGCCUGUGCAGGAGGCAGGUCAGGGAGGUGGGGGAGGCAUGGCGGAGGCUGGUGGUGGACCCAUGAACUACAUCCAGGUCACACCCCAAGAGAAGGAAGCCAUCGAAAGGCUAAAAGCACUAGGAUUCCCUGAAGGACUUGUCAUACAGGCCUACUUUGCCUGUGAGAAGAACGAAAAUUUGGCGGCCAACUUCCUUUUACAACAGAACUUUGAUGAUGAUUAAAGGGAGCCAUGGAAAUUUUGCUCAACUUUUUUGUCCUUUUUUUGAUUUAUCAUUUUGGUUUGAAAUGGGCCUUUGAUUUUUCUAGAUUUUACUUCAAUGUAUAAUCUUGGUAACACUGGAUCAACAUCUAUGUGCAAGAAAGGAACCGUUUCUAUUGCGUUUUCAUAUAGCAGGGAUGAACAUGAUUAUUUUCUCCACAUCAGAAUUAAUGCUGAUUUGAAGGGUUUAUCACCAAGUAAGCGUUUCUCAGUUUUUAAAUUCAUACAUAAAUGUCCCUGUUUAUUUUUCUUGUUUUUGGUUAAACAGUAUAGGCUUACCGGUUCUGUUUGCUGCAAUUUUAAUAACAGCAAUGAUGUUAAAGAUUUUACUUCAACGUAUAAUCUUGGUAACACUGGAUCAACAUCUAUGUGCAAGAAAGGAACCAUUUCUGAACACAUCUGUUGCUUUUUCGUAUAGCAGGGAUGAACAUGAUUUUCUCCACAUCAGAAUGAAUGCUGAUUUGAAGGGUUUAUCACCAAAUAAGUGUUUUGUCUCGGUUUUUGAAUCCAUACGUAAAUGUUCCUGUUUAUUUUUCUUGUUUUUGGUUAAACAGUAUAGGCUUACCAGUUCUGUUUGCUGCAAUUUUAAUAACAGCAAUGAUGUUAAAGCAAAAACUUUUUUUCUUAAUCACAAUUAUCCUUUUCAUUAAUCUCAAAGGAAUUGGCUCAAAGUGUACUGCAUGCAAUACGUUCGGUUUACAUGUUUGAGGGGAGUUGUACAGAAAUGAACUAUUGCCAUAAUUCAUGGAGACUGAAUUGCAGUUCCUUCUAGUGUUAUCAAAAAUUAAAGGUAUGUAAAUGACUUGUAGUAGGUAUUAGUAUUUACAGUUCCUGUUACUACAAUUUACUGUCAUUUUUACAG